UAUUUUUUUGCCCACAAUAUCAUGGCUAGGUUAUGUUAUUGUUUAUUUUAUUUAGUUCCAAAAAAAAAACAAAUAAAAUGGGAUUGAAUAUAAUAACAUUACUGCGUUUAAGUGGAAACCACAUUUAUUUACAAAAAUCAGCAUCUCGAAGGUUUUAUCAUGGUGUACCUUUUCUAGACUUGUAUCGGAGCGCUACAGGUGAAUCCAUAUCCAAAUACCGCCUGGAGAGGAUAAAAUUAAAACAACCAAAUAUUGAGAAGCUGAGUGAAGACCAAAUACAAUGCACAUUACAAAUAUUGCAAAAAUUCAACAUCACUGCAUUGGACGCAUGUCAGAAUGUACAUGUCUUUACUAUGAAUCCCAUCACUAUGGACAACUAUGGAGAGAUACUCAAGGAAUGUGGCUUCAUUAAAAUAGAACCCAAAAAUAUUAUCAAGUACCACACCCUUGUGAAGUCAAAAACCAUAGCUCAGUUAAAAAAGGCUGGUUUGAUGAGGUCGGACAUACAAUUAGAACAAGCUCUUCUGGAUUGUUUCCAAGAUUUGCCAGAUGGCUUUAAAACUCUGGAAAAAUUUGUAGAUGUUCACACAAAUAUAGUAAAAGUUCGCAUGAGUGUCCUAGAAAAAUACCUGAAAUGGAGAUUGACAAUAACAAGUGAAGAAUUCGUAAAGUAUUGUCGUAAUUAUUUGCCAUUGAGGCACAAACCCAUGUCUGACAUACAAGAAGCACUGAAUAUAGCUCAGAAUGAAAUAAAGUUUGAUCUCAAUGGAAUCAGAAGAAAUGGUUUCGUCAUCUCAUCUGAUCCAGUAAACACAAGACUGAUUCUUGAUAAUGUGGAGUCACUUGCUGGCAUGGAUAUAAGAGAUGUUAUAAAGUUGGAACCAGCUAUCUUAAAGAACAAUUAUAAUGCACUUUUACAAAUACGUGAUUUGUUAGAGGAGUACAGAAUACCUUUUGAAGCUCAAAAAAGAUGUCUGAGAGUAUAUUGCAUGCAGCCAAAAACAGUCAAGGAACGGCUUGAAGAACUAAGCAACUUAAAAGAAUACCAAGUAUUAGCAACAAAUCCCAGGGUAUUGUGUAUGGUCAUUCACAAGAAGAAAAUGAUGAACAGACUAACAAAAAUGCAAGCAGUCAAAAAGCAGUGCUACAGUCUAAAUCAUCUAGUCGCGUCGAAUAAAGUUUUUAACAACUAUAUUAGCAGUUUUGGGAAUAAAGUUUGCGGCCGAGAUAUAGCGAUAUUAAUAAGCACAUCUCUAGAGAUAAGUGAUAAUAAAGAUCCUAAGGAAGACGUGAGUGAAUCCCAGACAGUGAAAACUGUGUUGAAUCAAUUGAAAAGACACAAAUACUGGCUCCACAGCGCGCUGAAUGUUAUACACGAAAACAUUGAGUUUUUGAAAAGGAAUUUCGGUUGUGAAGUCAUUUUUAACAACUGUCAGUUACUCUUGUAUCCUGUGAACGAGGUUCAACGGUACAUAAACAUAUUCAUAGAAAUGCGUGAAGGCAACCAUAACGCUGAAGACAAGUUGGACGCAAACUACAACAACCUCAGAUAUACGGCGCUCACCGACGACCAAAUACUGAGCUUGGUUCUAUACGAGAUGGAGAAGUACCAUUUCAGCGGCGAUGGAGUGUGGGCGCUCAUCGAUGGCGUUAAAAUUGACGCCUCUGUGAACUGAACAUUAUAUGAAAAAGUUAUAUUUUUAUCUCGUCGAAUUUUCCCCUUUGCGCUAUGUAGUUUUAAAUUUGUAAAUGUAUCAGCGUGGGCGAGGAGACAAGUGAGGAACUGAUUCGAAUUCGAUUUGAUUUCGAUUGAUUCUGAUUCGAAAAACAUGUGUACAUUUUGUAAAAUAUUAUGAAUUUAUAAAUUAAUAAAUAAAUAGAUUUAUUAGAAUUAAGUGAGUAAUCACUGGAAUGCAUUUUAGAUAAGUUUUGAAGGCUUUUCAAAAGAUCACCAUUUGCUACAAUUAAAUUUUAUUAAUUUAUGCGCAAGUCAGAAGAUUAAGAUUUUCUUAGGUAAAUAGCCUGUCUUUCGAAAAUUAUGUAUUGGUUACGCAGUUGCUAAUUCAAAACUAAAUAAAAAUAAUCGCUGCAGACUCCAGUAUGUAUUGUUUAUGUGACGCAAAUGUUUUAAAACUAUAUAUUUUUAUACGCCUAGCGUAAUCCGCCGCUGAGCGUGCGGAGUCGCUAAGCGAGUGCGGAACACGCGUGGCGUCCAGCGCCUAGCGAGCCGCAUGGGUCAAUACAUGUAAUUCAUUGUUUUAUUUUGACGUAUCUCCAUCGUUGCUUAAUUAAAUAUUUUUAAAUUUAAUAGAUUCUAUACAAACAAUAAUGUUUUGGUGUUGAAAAUAAAUAACGCAAAUAAGCACUUU